UGGGCCUAACCAUCGCCGUGGUGCUGUUGCUGGCGUUCGUGGAGCGCCCGUCCUCCCUGUCCCUCUCCUCGGACCCCCGGUUUCGCUCUCCGGCCUGGGAGCCUCCCUGCGGCCUCACCGAGAGCAUCGAGAUGGUCUGCCUCCUCAUCUUCUGCCUCGAUCUGGCUGUUAAGAGCUACUUGAUCGGCUGGGACGAAUUCAGGAAGAGCAAAUGGCUGAUCGGUUACACGUUCGUCAUCAGCGUCUCCAUCAUCGACUGGGUGUUGUCUGUCAGCAUGGUGUGUGACGAGAAACUCAGAGUGCGGCGACUCCUGCGGCCGUUCUUCCUCCUGCAGAACUCGUCCCUGAUGAAAAAGACGCUGAAGUGCAUCAAGAGGACUUUGCCAGAGAUCGCCAGCGUCAUCCUGCUGCUGGCGCUCCACCUCUGCCUCUUCACUAUGAUCGGCAUGCUGCUGUUUGCUAAAAAUGAGGACCCAAAGAAGAACGGAGAGUGGAGGUUACAUUUCAGAAACCUGACGAAUUCGCUCACCUCUCUGCUGGUGCUGCUCACCACAGCCAACAACCCGGAUGUGAUGAUCCCGGCGUACUCCCAGAACAGAGGAUACGCCAUUUUCUUCGUGACCUUCAGUGUGAUCGGAACCUACUGUCUGAUGAACCUACUGACAGCCAUCAUCUAUAACCAGUUCAGGGGAUAUUUACUGAUGUCCGUCCAAACGUCCAUCAUCAGAAGACGGCUGGGGAUCAGAGCUGCUUUCCAAGUCCUCACCUGCCAGGGAGCCUCGCAGCCUGCUGAGCAGAGUGUGCAUGUUGAUGUGGUGCUGAAGGUGAUGUCCAGAGUCCAGAUGAAGAGCUACUACAGAACGGCCAUCACUACGGAGGCGCAGCAGUACGCAGAUGUCGGCCUCAUGGAUCGAGAGCAGUUCAAGAAGAUAUUUGACGAGCUGGAUAAAGAUCGAAUUAAAGAGCACCCUCCUUUGCCCCAGUAUAACUCUCCAGUCCUGCAGAAACUCCAGCUGAUCUUCACUCACUACUACCUCACUGUACUUGGCAACGCGGUGGCUCUGGCUAAUGUUAUAUGCAUAUGUACCGUCCUGGUGCUGAAUUCUGACAAGUCGACAGCAGAGAGAGACAACUACGUCAUAGAGAUCAUCAACCUGUGCUUCAUCCUGUAUUACCUGUUUGAAAUGUGUGUGAAGAUCUUUGCCUUCGGCCUGAAGGGUUACCUGUCCUACAGGAACAACAUCUUUGACGGCUUCCUCACCAUCCUGCUGCUGGUCCUACAGAUCACUAUAUAUGUCACCUACAGGCUUCCUCACUCUAAAUGGGACCCGGCGUUGCACGGUGUAAUGUCUCUGUGGGAGAUGACCCGUUUGAUCAACAUGCUGAUUGUCUUCCGCUUCCUGCGCAUCAUCCCUGAUAUCAAGCUCAUGGCUUUAGUUGCAAGCACGCUGUUGGACUUGGUGAAGAACCUGCGAGCCUUCGCAGGGAUACUGAUGGUGGUGUACUACGUGUUUGCUGUUUUUGGGAUCUGGCUGUUUGAGGGAGCCAUUAAACCUCCUCCAGAGAUUAGUGUGCUCACCAACACGUCCAUGGAGAACAUCACGUCUAACUUCAGCAUGGAGUGCGGCACCUACGAGCAGCUCGGCUACUGGCCAAAUAACUUUGAUGACUUUGCGGCGUCCCUCAUCUUGCUGUAUGACGUCAUGGUAGUAAAUAACUGGCAGGCCUUCAUGGAUGCGUACAGCCGUUACACCACCGAGUGGUCGAAGAUCUACUUUGUGUGCUGGUGGCUCACCUCCUCGGUCAUGUGGGUCAACUUGUUUGUGGCGCUCAUCUUAGAGAACUUCAUCUAUAAGUGGGACCGCAGUCACAGCUGCUCUGUUACAGAUGUGGAGAAAAUCAGAUAUGAAACUUCUGUUCAGCUCAUGUUCAGAGAGCAAGUCAAGGAGCCAACAGAGGAAGAAUUACUCUGUCAACUACACCAACACCCGCACUUACAUCUACACUGGUGACACACACACACACACACACACACACACACACACACACACACACACACACACCGAGUGCAAAGACUUAAUGAGUCCAUGUGUUAUAGGAGCACUGAGAGGUCAAUAUUACUGGUA